AUGGGUACAAGGCAGAAGAAAGAAGUGGCGGCGACGAGGGGUGUAGUAGUGUUGGUGUUGCUAUUAUGGGAGGCAGUGUCAGUAAUAGCGGUGAUAGAUUGCACCACCGUGACAGCAUUCAUCUCAGCUUGCUCUACCUUCGUGACUUAUGGAUCACCGGACCCAUUUCCGGGAUCGCCAUGCUGUGAUGCAGUAGUGGGCCUCAAUAGCCUCGCGGAUUCUAUUGAUAACAGGCAGUCCGUUUGCAGAUGCUUAAUGGACCUCAUUAAUACUUACAACCCUAAUGCUACUGCUAUUGCUACCUUGCCUGGUUUUUGUGGUGUCUCUCUCGGCUUCACCAUUGAUCCUAACACUGAUUGCAACUAG